AUGGCGUACAAUCAUCGAGUGAGCCAGCAAUUCCAUGGAUCCCAGCAGCAACACAACCGCAAUCGCCGCAAGGAAGAUGAGAGCGAUGCGUUGAUGCGCCUGCCCGACAAGGAAAUUGCAGGAUGUAUCAACGAUAUCGGGAUCCCGUUCACCGCGAACGACUUGGUCAAGCCGAAUCCUCAGCAGAUUCAAAUGGUGCUGGAAUGGUUUGCGGAGCUUCUGAUGAAUACGACCCGUGAGACGGUGGAACCGGCGAUGCGCGCAGCCGCACAAGAUGUCUGCGGUGAUUACGCCGACAUUGUGCCUAACGAGACGCGUAAUAUGAUGGCAUUUUUCGUGAGUCUGAGGAAGUUGAUGAUUGAGGUACUACAUCACCCUUCUGGCAAAGAGGCAGGGCAGUUUCUGACCGGGCUUCCAACACAGUGCGGAGUGAACGAUUUUACAUUUACGGAUCUAACAAAACCUACGCAUGAUCGACUCGUCAAGAUAUUCUCCUACCUGAUCAACUUCGUCCGGUUCCGAGAGUCGCAAACCUCCGUUAUCGAUGAGCACUUCAACAAAUCGGAGAGGACCAAGGCCCGUAUCGAGGCGCUCCACGCAGAGAAUCAGGAAAUGGAACAGCGUCUAGAAGAGAUGAGGCGAAAUCAGAAAGCGAUGGAAGGACAAGUCAAGGAGAAGGUUCAACGGAACGAUGCGCUGAAAGCACGGCUGCUAGAGCUGCGGCGGGAGCAAGAGAAAGUUGCGGAGACGCUGGAGCGGGUCAAGAGCGACAAGGCCAAACGGCAGGCAACAUUGGAAGAGAAGAUAGAAAAGGCGGUGCGCACCCGACAGGAGAUCGAGAAGCUGCGGCCGUAUGUUAUGGAAAGCUCUGCGAGUCUGCAGGCAUCUCUGACAGAAUUAUCGGAGAGCCUGGCCCGCGAGAAGGGACAAGUCGAUGCGAUGGAGAGGAGGCUGAGAGCUCUGCAGACGUCCACGGACACAUUCACUGUCGUUGCUAAUGAGGUCCAGGCCUGUGUGAAGGUACUGGAAGACAUCUCCGUGGAGCUGCAAAAGGAGGAAGAAGAAGAUGCGCGCGCCGCCAGGAACAGGGACGCGAUUUCAGAACGAGGAAACAGUGUACGAGAAGUGGAACAGACGGAGAAAUUACUGCAGCGGCAACUGGCUCGCUGGAAUGAAAGGAUCGAGGCUCUCAGAAAGAGUAGCCAAGAGAAGCAGGAACAGGCGCAAGCUCGGAUGGAGGAGCUACGCAACAUUCAGAAACAGCUCCGUGAAGAGCGCGCAGAAAAGCAACGAGAAAUGGAGAUGAGAAGGAUACGGAUCGAGCAGACUGAGAAGAAGGUUGGUUUCCACUUUGCCCUUCCUGGCGUCACCACGAUUGCUGACAUGACCUAG